UGUGUGUUUGUGCGCGCGCGCGCUCGCUUUCAACCACACCGUAGGCAAACGUUUAGGACGAUUGGUGGGCAGUUGUAGGGAAACAGACACACUCUCGGUCGGUAAUGUCGUCUUUCGGGGUCGAUCGUUUCGCGUCACGCGCCCCCACCUCUCCUCUCCUCUGAAGCCGCCGGGAUCGCGGCGAACGAGAUGAGCCUCGGGGUUCCCCUCUCGGUCACGGACACUUUCCGCUUCACGGUCGGCGGCGAAUUAGACAACCUCUCCGCCACCGCGCAGCUUCGGGGAGAAAAAGACGGAGAAGCCCAACAUGUUGCUUCCAUCUCGGCGGCGGUGUGAGCGCGAAUGAGGGUGGAAGCUCCCGGCCACGGCGGACCUGCGCUCCCGACCCGGAGCCCCCUCGCCUCACCUCGUCCGCCGCCCGCCGCCGUCGUCGUCGUCGCCGCCGCACGCGACAUGAUACGUUGAUGACAUUUUUUUUCGGAAGCGGUCGUGCCUUUUGUUGUCAUCCGGGGAGACGUGAUCCGCGGCUCCGCCGGCGCCACGCAACGCGCACGAGCGGACCUCUUGUUUCUCUCUCUGCUGCGAAAAUGAGGAAGCGUUUUCGUGAAGAUCCAGAAAAUGGCAAGAAGGUCUCGUCGUCCGUGGGCCCGGAUUUGAGUGGAAUGAGGGGGAAAGGAGCAAAUGCAACAAGAGCAUGAUUUUGUCCCCCCAGACAGAAUGACACCCAGGGAGGUGAAACGGCGGCGGUAGAGAAGACGCAGCAUCAGUGAAGGCGACCCGGACAAGUUUCCAAUCGCUCGUAAUGAACAGAAAUACUUUGCAGCUCGACAGCACAUCGUCUCGACUAUAUUGAAAGCUUUUUUUUGUUCCGGCUUUUUCUAAUUCACCACACAUCUAUUUUUCACAUUGCAUUUGUUAACCCUUUUUUCCUUACAUAUUUGAUUUCUAUUUUUUAAUUUCAAUUUUUUUUUAAAUAUUUCUUGAUUCGGAUCCAGCCCCGACUAUUCAAUGGAAGUAUGUUAUCAGCUGCCGGUUUUGCCUCUAGACAGGCCGGUUCCCAAGCAUGUCCUCAGCCGGAGGGGAGCCAUUAGUUUCAGCUCCAGCUCCUCUCUCUUCGGGGCCCCUGAUCCAAGGCAGCUGUCACAGCGACGAGGGGCCAUCUCCUAUGACAGCUCUGACCAGACAGCGCUGUAUAUUCGUAUGCUAGAUGUGAGAGUGAGAAGUCAGGUUGGAUUUGAGCCGGAACGAAGAAGCUCCCAUCCAUAUCUGUGCAUCGACUUCCGAACUCUUCACACACGGUUGGGCUGUGGUUCCACGACGGCCAGCUCUGUUCCUGAACGGAGGGUCCACAGACUGCUCAGCUUCCAGAGGUACCUGCACUCAUCCCGCCUGCUGCGAGGGGUCCCCCAGCAGAUCCCCCUCCACCUCCUCGAUGAAGACUACACUGGACAGGCCCGAUGCAUGCUGGGAAAAGUCGCAAACUGGAAUUUUGACAUUUUUCUCUUUGACAAGUUGACUAACGGAAACGGUCUGAUCAACCUGACCCUCCACCUGCUGAACCAGUACGGCCUGGUGGAGCUCUUCCAGCUGGACAUGGUCAAACUCUGGAGGUUCCUGGUCAUGGUCCAGGAGGACUACCACAGCGACAACCCCUACCACAACGCUGUGCACGCUGCAGAUGUCACACAGGCCAUGUACUGCUACCUGCAGGAACCCAAGCUUGCAAAGUCUCUGACCUCCUACGACAUUCUGCUGGGACUGAUAGCAGCCGCCACUCACGACCUGGACCAUCCCGGGGUCAAUCAGCCGUUCCUCAUCAAGACUGACCACUAUCUCACGACACUGUAUAGGAAUACCUCGGUUCUGGAAAACCACCACUGGAAGUCAGCAGUGGGCCUCCUCAGAGAGACCGGGCUGUUCUCCCACCUGCCUGCUGAAGACAGACUAAACCUGGAGAGGGAUUUGGGCUCCUUGAUCCUGGCGACAGACAUCAGCAGACAGAACGAUUACUUGUCCAGGUUUCGCCUGCACCUGGACCAGGGGAACAUUUGCUUGAGCCAAGCCAGCCACCGACACUUCAUCCUACAGAUGGCUCUGAAGUGUGCGGACAUCUGUAACCCCUGCAGACCCUGGGAGCUGAGCAAGCAGUGGAGUGAGAAAGUGACGGAGGAGUUCUUCCAACAAGGAGACAUUGAGAAGAAGCACAAACUCGAAGUUGGCCCACUUUGUGACAGAGAGACGAACUCAGUCGGAAACAUUCAAAUGGGCUUCAUGACGUACGUGGCGGAGCCGCUGUUUGCCGAGUGGGCCCGUUUCUCCGACACCCGUCUGUCUCAGACCAUGCUGGGCCACAUGGGGCUGAACAAGGCCAGCUGGGACGGCCUGCAGCGGGAACAGAGCUCCGUCUCUGGGGAGGCAGAGUGCGGCGGAGCCAGCGGCGGCGCAGGGGACGUUGGCGCCGCCAGACGAGAUUCAACCGCAGGAGGAGCCAGCUCCAAAGAAUUACCUCAGGGAAACAGAGAAUCCUGACACUCCUUGUGCGCCCUCUCACCCCACCCCCUGAUCCAGGCCUCAAGGUCUGACCACACACUGGGAGCCAUGUGGUGCAUCCAACAGCCUGCAGCCCCACCGCCCCCAUUCAUGUUUUGUUUGCUUUUGCCUCCCACCUUGAUAAACCACUGAUUUAAUUUAAUUUAUUUAAUUUUUAAUUCCUCUUUUUUUUGGCAUAGAGCAAUACAUAGAUACCUCAUUUGGCUUCUGCUGUAUUUUCUGUUAUUUGCUUUGUUUUAUUUAUUUGUCCACUGUAGUUUUUGGCAUUACUGACUGAACAUACCCCUUCCUCUGUCGGUGAACUUCAGUACUUCAGAUUGUACUGAAUCUGAAGAAGACAUUUUCUGGUAUUUUUGAAGUGCCAUUUGAAAACAAAAGAUUGAAGAAUGAACUGAACUGAGACAACUGGAGUAUUCAGACACGAGACCCUCCUAAGACUUUAAAGUAAUGCCGUGUUGCGUUGAAGAUUCUUCCUCAUGUAAAAAAGAAAGAAACAAAACAAAAACAAUGUGACAAGCCCAGUCCUUUUGCUGCCUCUAUGAAGACUGUUUACGCAUCUACUUGUUUGUCACUACUUUCUCUCUAACUGAAGUGAAUCGUGUCGGCUCUUUGGUUUGCCUUUUCGAAACACCGACCUGAAAAACCACUCGUUUGAACUGUCGUCCCACUGUUGAAGCCAUGAGCAGAAUCGUACUCAGACGCACCGGAUGCCAUAAGUAACUCCACCUCUGCGAAAAAAUGUGUUCUUGCACUCCCAAAUAAUAUUGAUGAUGUUGGUGGUGCAGCUUUGUCUCCGUGACCUCUCCAAGACUACCUGCGAAGGUGUCACAGAAAUUCUCCCUUUGUUUUUUCCCCCCCUGACGUUUCAGAAUCUUCCAGUGCUGGUUGAACUCGGGACAGCUCCCCCUCCCAGACUGGAGAUCAGUUACUCACUGCACAUGUAUCUUACCUGGAAUGCCACUCAGUGCAACUCCACUCGCUCAGGGUUUUGCCGGUCUCUUAUUAAGAGGGAGAGGAGGUAGGAGGCGACUGCGGGCGAUUCAAGGUUUUAUUUGGGGGGGGGGGGGGGGAAUCUACUGAAGGAGACUCUCCGCAGAAUGUCUUUCACAGCCACAUGCAACCUAAAGGACUGCUCAAUUGUUGCCUUAUAACUAUGCACAAACUAUGCUAAGUGACCAAACCAACUCCUGUUCCGAUCAAGUGCAUGGUGUGCUUGUUUAUGAAUGCACUGUCCAAUCCCUUGGCCUUUUUUGUUGCGAGGAACAACUCCAGCUGUCCUAUAUAUAUUUUAUUUUUAUUUUUUUGUUUUUCUGUACGGAAACAAAACAGUCGAGUGACUUUGAACAUUCCAUUUCUUUGUGUUUGGUUCGUCUACUUUGAUUCUGUAUAGUGGCACAACUCGGGUUUGUGUUGGAACAUUUUGAAAGAUAACAGGUGCUUUUCUUACUUUAGCUGAUUUGUAUUUUGCUGUAAGUGCUGUAAGACUGUUGAUAAAACUGUUUACAAUUUGUUGCGACAGCCAUUUUCGGGAAGACUUCAGCGUCGAGCCAGAUUUUGUAAGAGCUUUGCUGUAUUGACAUUUUUGAUACACGCCUGUUGCAGUUAAAAUUUGAAUAAAAACCUGUUGUUGACAAA